AGCAAGCGAGGUAGCGGCUGUUGGACCGGCAGGAGCAGAGCAAUGCCUAAAUCAAAGGAACUUGUUUCUUCAAGCUCUUCAGGCAGUGAUUCUGACAGCGAAGUUGAAAACAAGUUAAAGAGGAAAAAGCAAGUUGUUCCAGAGAAGCCUGUGAAGAAGCAGAAGCCUGGUGAGACUUCUAGAGCCCUGGCGUCCUCCAAGCAGAGCAGCGGAGAUGAUAACAUGUUCCAGGUUGGAAAGAUGAGAUACGUCAGUGUGCGGGACUUUAAAGGAAAAAUUCUAAUUGAUAUUAAAGAAUAUUGGAUGGACUCAGAAGGUGAAAUGAAACCAGGGAGAAAAGGUAUCUCUUUAAACAUGGAACAGUGGAGCCAGCUGAAGGAACAGAUCUCUGACAUAGAUGAUGCAGUAAGAAAGCUGUAAAAUC